CUCUUUACACUGCCCUCUCGUCGUCUUACACUCUCACUCAGUCGAGCGAGCGUACAGGAGGCAGCAGGCAGCUGCCGAGGAGCGAGCUGGGAGGCAACUCCAGCCUCCUCUCCAGCAAAUUGUGCCUCCUGUACAAUGGAAACUAAGUGGUCAGGCAGCAGAAGGGAUGGAGGGCAGAGCUGCCGGGCAGGUCAGCAGGGGUCAUGAGGGCGUCGAAGGCCCCAGUUGCUGUUCAGAGCAGCUGAAGCAGACAUGGGCAAAGACGUCUCGGAUGGCAUCGGUAGGCUCGGCCUCAUCGACUUCACCAGCUACAUCCUCCUUCACCACAACCACCAAAGGCUACAGCGAAAGUUGUCUGUAUUUUCCAGCAUCUCCCAGUAAAACUUUGCAAUGAGAAUGUCUGAUACCGCUGACACUGAAAUGAUGAAGGUUUCUGAAGCCACCAACCCGGCGGCGUUCUCUCCCCAAGACAACACCACCAAGUCUGAGAUUUCGGACCAGAGCCAGAGCAGCAAAGACGAACACAGUAGCAACAAUAAAAGGGAAAAUCAGCCUGUGAAGUACUCUAAGUCCAACACCAGGCUAAAGCUUGUGCGGAGCCUGGCGGUGUGUGAAGAGUCCUUUCCUUGCCCUAUUCCUGAGCCUUCAGCAGCAACUCAGGAUGGAUUCCUUCUUCAGCCCCUUGAAAAGGAAGAACCAGCUGCACAGGACCAAGCUGAGAAAGAGGACAGCUGUGACAAGGUGGAGAAACCCGAGAAAACACAGAGAAAAAUGCUGUCGAGAGAUUCCAGUCAGGACUACACAGAUUCAACUGGUAUAGAUCUUCACGAGUUCCUGGUCAACACACUGAAGAGCAACCCCAGGGAUAGAAUCAUGCUACUGAAGUUGGAACAAGACAUCUUGGACUUCAUCAGCAAUAACGAAAGCCAAAAGAGAAAGUUCCCACCCAUGACGUCCUACCAUAGGAUGCUAUUACACCGAGUGGCUGCCUACUUUGGCAUGGACCACAAUGUGGACCCCAGUGGAAAAUCAGUGGUGAUCAACAAAACCACCAACACUAGAAUUCCCGAUCAGAAAUUCUCAGAGCACAUCAAGGAUGACAGGGUGGACGAUUUUCAGAAACGCUACAUUCUCAAACGAGACAACUCCAGCUUUGAUCGCGAAGACAGCAUGAUACGAAUGCGUUUGAAAGCUGACAAGAGGAGCAAAUCGAUGGAGGAGAGGGAGGAGGAGUACCAGCGAGCCAGAGAAAGGAUAUUUGCACAUGAUGGAGAUCACUUCAUACUAGAUAGAAGUGCUCAGGAUGAAGACACAUGCAUGAGCACCCAACAGAGGCGGCAAAUGUUCAGAUUGCGAGCCGGCCGGUCAGGUGCCAGCCGGCACAGCAGCUCAGAGACAGAAACGCUACCACGGCACGGCGAGCCUCGGCCAUGGAGCAGUACCGACAGCUCAGACAGCUCCAACCGGCUUGCCCCGCGGCCCGCCAUCACCAAGGCCAGCAGCUUUAGCGGCGUUUCCCCCGGCCUCGUCCGAGGAGACAGCACAGCCAGCAGCAAGAGCACCGGGAGGCUCUCCAAAACAGGUUCUGAAUGCAGCAGCGUCGGUUCUUCGUCAAGCUCACUGUCCCGUCCCCAGCUGCCUCUCCCAGUUUCAGCUUCUUCCCGGUCCAACAUCCCCAGCAUGCCCUUAAUCCACCCAACCACUGACACCAGAGGUCCUGAACACUCGGAGAUGAUCAAGUGCAUCCCUUCACAGCCACCACCAGCUACAGACACAACAAAUUAUUAUGUGCUGCCGUUGGAAGCCUCAGGGAUACCACCUGGAAGUGUUCUGGUCAACCCACACACAGGCAAGCCUUUCAUCCAUCCUGAUGGCAGCACUAUAGUCUAUAACCCAGCCAGUGUCGUCCCCACUGUUGGCAGGAACCCACAGCAAGGGAAAGCCCCCCAGCAGCCAAUCUCUGGCACUAGCCAACAGCAGCCACCCACUCAUCUGAACUCCCAGCCGAUCUGUCUUCCUCUCCAGCCGUCAUCUGAGCCUGUCCACAACCCAACGGUCUCUUAUCCUCUUCCUCCUCCUUUUCCUCCUUCUCAGUUCCUGCCCGUCUGUCCUAACCAACAGUACAGUGUGCCUGACACCCUCAACACCCAGUUCAGUCACAUGACCCUGGCACAGCCACCCCCCAAUGACAAUGGAGCCUCAGCUCAAGACAACCGCCACUAUCCAACUGUGUACCACCACCACUCACCUAUGGUCCUGCAGGGAGCUCCUUCGCAACAGAUUGCUAGCUACGUGGUGGCAGGCCCAUCAGGGGGACAUACAGGGGUGCUGCAGGGCCAGCCUGUCCCACUCCCAACGUCGGGGCCCAACCAUGCAUAUCCCAGCUCCACCCCAGGCCCUGCUGCUUUUCCUGGCUCCACACUGAACCAGCCACUACUCCAGCAACACACAUACAUCCAACCGCCUGUGCAGCAGAUGUCCACAUGUUACUGCUCAUCAGCCCACCACCCACAUUGCGCUAGCCAGCAGCAGCAUUACCGGACCUCUGUCAACACACUGCCCUAUAACUGCCCUCAGAGCCAAAACCUACCCCAGCAACAAGUGCACCAAGCCGUGAUGCCAAACCCAACGUCCAGCUACCCGACUGUAGUGGGCGUGCAGCCAACACUCAGCCUCGCUCUCACUGGCAACCAGCAAAGCAAUAUGGGAAACCAGAUGCAAGGCAUGAUGGUCCAAUACCCUCCAAUACAGUCUUAUCAGGUUUCUGUGCCACAGCAGACGUACCAGCAGCCAGUGUUUGUGUCCUGCCAGCCGGGACAGGGAGCAGUGGCUGUUGCUGGCAUGCAGCCUUGCUAUAGCCUGCUCCCCCCUAACCAGCACACCACCAUGAGUUCGACAGUGAGUUUCUUGCCCACCCCGAUGAUGGAGCAGCUCCAGUUUCCUCAGACCUCGCCCCCCUGUGUCUCCCAGCAGCACCCAAGCCAGCAGUAUGCAGGCUUGUUGCCCCCAGCCCCCGGCGGUGGCAUGGUGAUGCUGCAAAUGACAGCGUCCCCCUGUCAGCAGCCACGAGCCCCCUCCCCCUGCCAGCGGAAACAGCCCAGCCACAAACACCCAGGCCCAGAGCGGCAGCACAGCCACAGGCCUGCUGAGCUGCCUCUGGCCCCAGACAACACCCAGAGCAGCCUGCCCUCGUCUCCGGCGCUCACUCCCUCGCCAGGCCAGCUGCCUACCGUCAAAGGCCUCUCAUCAGGCAUCUCACCCAUCCCUGUCAUAACCCACCACCCGCAGCUCCCUACAUCCUUCUGCCACAGUGGACAAGGUGAAGCACACUACUCACUACUAGGCCAACCUCUGCAGUACAAACCCUCAAUCAGACCUCCACUGAUCCACACUGCCCACAUGGUGGCCAAACACCAGGGGGUUUGGCGUAGUGGUCAUGGGAGGAAGGCCAACAGAAAAUCUCUGUCUUCAGAUCUCAGUGUAGGUGAAGCAGUGAGCAGUCAGGUCGUGGAAGUGACAUAUCCUCUGGAGGGGAUCAGCUAUACAGACUCCCACCACCUCCUGGCAGAGCUCUGCAAAGGGGGCAAAUUGAUCCAGCGACUGUCAGACCAUCAGUCUAGGUUGUGCGGUGCGACCAUAGACGUUCCCAGCAGAGACCUGGCCUCAUCAUACUCUGUCUUUGCCAUCCUCCCUUCCAGAUACGCUGCUCUAAGCCCCGCGCUCCACCACAACAGCCCCCAGGCCACCUUUAAACUCCAAACUAGUAUUAGACACAAAGAGGAGCUGUGUGACUCGGACAGGGCCAGCUCAUAGCUGCUGAAGUCUCGGUGCAGCCGGGGAGCGCUACAUGAACACAUGUCUGCUGUCCUAGUCUGGACAGUCUCCCAGACUCUGUCCAAAUCCAAAACAGUAUCAAAUGUUUGAAGAGUGAAUGUUCACUUUUAUUUUGUUUUCGUUUAUCUUUUUUCUGGCCACCAGGUCUGACCAGGGUGGAAAACUGUGCGAUUAGGAUUAUUUAAUAAAAUCCAUCUGUGGCUGCUGAGCUCAACUCAAGGCCCCCUUUCUCCUAUAAUUGAUUUUGCUGUUCAAAAGUGAAAGUGUCUGGAGAUUUAUUAGCAAGCUGAGAUGUUAGUGUAUCUACUGUGGCUAAUUUAAUAGCAGGUGUAUGCGUGUCGAGCAAAACAUACACAUAAUCUACUUGUUCAGGUUCAAGAAUGUUCGUGACCAUUUUUGAAAAUUUGACUAUUACAUUUAAUUUCAACAUUUAUAGCAAAUCAAGUGUUUUAUUUUAUUUACCUUUGCUCAAUAAUUCUAUCAACUGAGACAUUGAAACUUCUGAAACUGUGCAGCGUUUUGUCACGUUAGGUACACAAGAGUGGGUCUUUUCUCUUCUAUAACAUGCUCCCAACAAUAACACACACCUGUAUCGUGUGAGCCCAUACGAUCAUUAACACUGAAUAAUAGAUAUACUACCUGAAAUGUGUUUAAAGUCAUUUUUGUACACAGUGAAUGUUGCAUUUGCACUGAAGUGAUGAUCAAGAUGGAGAUUUGAUUGGUAUCAGCGAGGGCCUGGAUUUUCCUUUAACUGAUCAUACCCGUUUGUUGCACUCAGCCAGGCCACUUUCUUUUAUAUUUAAUUAAAAUGUUUAUAUGCACAAGAUGAAAUGCAAUCAAGUCUGUCAUUUGGAUUCUUUAUGGGGGGAUGUGAAUCAUGAGAGGUGUUCUGUGUCCCUUGUCUUCUAUUUUUGUUUGACUCCAAUAAAUGCUUAGACCACA